AUGUCGACGCUCAUUUCGCUCCACAUAUCCGACCCCGACGACUUUGAACAGGAAAAGAAAAUUGCCAUGACCAUCGAAAAUGUGGUCAACGGCGUGAUCGAGCCGGCGGCGGCAGCCAAGGUCAUCGAUGACACCGUCGUCGAAUACUGUCAAUCGGCCCAGUCGUCCUACACGCUGCCGCCGGGCGCCACGGCGCCAACGCGGCCGGCCGGAGACGGCGCCAACGGAGUCCCCCGACCCACCGGAUGGCUCAAGUACCUCUGGGACUGCCUCGGCAAAGCCUCCAUGACUGUGCCUGCCGACCACCCCGGCCAGGACGGGCUCGUCUGCCUCCUCCAAGCGCUUCAGGGUAUGCCCAAGCACACGGUCCCCGUCAAGGUCGGCGUCGAGUUCGUCGACAAGGAGCUAUGGAGCCUGACGGCCGACAACGGCUACGAAGGAUUUGAGCAGUGGUUAUGGGAGCUCGACCAAGGCCACUUCACCGGCACCCAGCAGAUUGAGGAGUCCGCGGCCGUCGCCACGUCGUAUCUCAACUUCUCGGCCUUUCUGGCUCGCCUCCUCGCCAGUGGAAUCGUCGAGGCCACGCGCAUGAGCCCGUUGAUUCGUCCAUCGCCCUUUGCCACCGGGGGCCCUCUCAGCAGCGGAAUAUACCCCGAAGCCUCCGUGGCGGCGCAGCACUAUGAGCCCUAUGCCGUCGCUGCCACUCAGUGGCUCCUUCACGCCUCCGACGCCCUCUUCGAGAUGUGCUCCAAGGAGACGCUCAUUGAGGUCGGUCGUCAGAAGUGGACGCUAGCGCUGUGGAACGGAUGGCGGACCAAGUUUGAUGCCAUCUCCAGGGCACCGCGCUUCAGUCCUCGAUGUCGCCGGCUUGCCUCGGAAGCGCUCGACCACAUGGCUGAGGCUGAGAGGGCCGGGGUGACAACUGAUGUUGUCGGUACCUUUGGUUUCAUGUCCAUGAAGGAGGACUGA